AUGGCCGCGGCCCUCCGCCCCCUGCUCCGCCGGCACGCAGUUCUGCCGCCAUCUUCGAUGCUGCGCUCUCUAUUCCCCGCGCCGUACUCCAAGGCCGCCGCCAGACCCCCAGCCGUGUGCCACGCGCCCCUGCCGCCUCCCCUUCUGAGGGAGGUUACUCCAAGGAGGGCUCCUCCAAUUCCAAAGGGUGAACCACGCCGCUGCACUGCUGUUCAAAGUACCAUGAGUGACAGUACAAAGUCGUUGCUGGAUAAACUGAAGGAUCUCAAGGACAGUAAGAAGCCACUGGAAGACAUGGAAAAGAAUAUUAAGGAGCGUAGGGAAAUUAUAAAGAAAGCGCUGCAUGACUCUAGGGUUGCUAAUGCUAUGUUUAGGGUAAGACUGGAUGGCCUUAGGAAACUUCUUGCCAAAAUACGUGAUGGCCGAGAGGAUUCUGCCAGAAUCAAUGCAAUAUACCGCAGAUUGGAGGAUGACUAUGACAAAGAUUGGGCCAUUCAUGAGUCUAAGGGUCGCUUGAUUGACGAACAGAUGAAAAUGUUAAGGAAGGAGGGAGAUGACUAUAUCAAUGCUUUGAGGGAGUAUCAUGAAUUGCAAAUAUCCAUCCUGAAGCAUGCGGAGGAGGUGGAGGAGGCGGAGAAGGUGGAGGAGGUAGAGAGCAUGGAGAAGGUGGAGGAGGUAGAGAACAUGCAGAAGGUGAAGAAGGUUGCAAAGGUGUGUGCCGCUGCUGGCCUCAUGGGAGGGCUUCUGGUGAUACUGGGAAAGAUGUAG